AUGCCACCCUCAAUGGAGAAGCUCGCGUUUGAGGCGACGGACCACGCAACCGACACCAUCUCGCUCCCGGAGACUGAUGACCAGGACGCGUUCGGAGAGGUGGACCAGAGGUUCCCUGCAGGAUCAUUUCUUGAAAUUCGGCGAAACGGCAUCCGCGAGUUCGGUGUCGUGCUCUACACGGUCCUCCUCGACCGCAAAUGGACGGUUCACUCUCUGACGCCCCGCGGAGAGUUAUGGCCCCACCAAGAGCACGACGUUCAAUUCCAAAUCCCCAACUUCGUCGACAAGCAGCUUGCGGAGGACUGUGGCAUGAUGCUCAUCCCGGAAUCUGAAAAAGAGAUGGACGCGCGGGUGGAGGUGCUGAAACGCAUGCGUAAGUUCGAGCGGAGCUUCGAGAACACCAUGCACGCAGUCCUUGAAGAAGCACGGGCCGUCAACUUCUACGACAAGGUCGCUCACCCGGAUUCGAAGACGUGGACCCAAAUCACCAUCCACGACGCCGCGGAGAAGCUCUUUGGGUCGCGCGACGUCUCUCUCGAGCAAUUGCUAGCGGCCCAGACGUAUCUCAUGGAAGAAGGCAUAUCGUACGUGGUGGAGCAGCGGCGUUUCCUCAUGAAGCAGACUUUCUGGGUUCGCCCCCGAGAGGACGUCGAGGUCAUCAAAGCUGUGCACCAGAUGAGCCACGAGCAGGACCCCGCCCUAGACACCUUCGCAGAGAAGGCACGCGCACUCGUCCUCGCUUCACGGGCACGGGCAGUAGAGUCUUUCCGCGAACCAGCUUCCCGUCAUCCCCUCGAAGGCGUCGAGUUGACGGAGAAGGACAAGACAAUCCUUCGCUACCUACGCCUGUCUCUCCGAGCGAUGCGUCGCAUCCAAGUCGAUCCCUUCGAAAUCCCAUUCUCGCAAAUACUCAAGAAAACUGGGUUGUAUGACCUGGAGCUAUACGACGAGUCCUCGGUAUACAUGCUACUAUCAGAGAUGGGAGUUCUUGCCCCAUGGCAAGAAGUGGUCACUCGCGAUGAAGCACGCUUUGAAGACCUCGAGCCUGUCACCCUCCCUCCGACUACCGCUUCCCCUCUGCUCCCCGAUCCACUAGGGCCCCAGGAUUUCUAUCGGCGGGACAUCGUGGAGUCUUUGAGGCAUGACUUUGGCAACACACCUGUAUACGUCGUGGACGACUGGGGCGCCGAGGAGCUUGACGAUGGCGUGUCGAUAGAACGCAUACCCUCCGAACCAGACAGUGUUUGGCUACAUAUCCAUGUCGCAGACCCUACUACUCUCCUCCCCCCGACACACGAAAUCGCUCGGAGUGCUUUCCGUCUCUCGACGUCCAGCUACCUGCUCGAUCGCACCAUUCGCAUGCUACCCCCAGACGCCGGAUUCCAUCAAUUCAGUCUUGGACAGGAGCCUGGCCAACCGGACAAGGUCAUGACCUUCAGCGUGAAGAUCGACUCUCGGGGUGAGAUCGCGGACUACAAGGUUCGAGCCGCCGUCGUGAGAAACGUCCGGACGCUCAAGUACGACAUGGUCGACGCUGCGCUUGGUACCACUGUCAACAAGAUGACCUACCCCUUCCACGCCGUCCCGCCGAGCAGGCCGCCGGUUGACAUCUCUGCCAUUGACUCAGCGGCCCUCGAGGAUCUUCGGCUUCUCCAGCAAACGACGCGCAAACUCGUGCGCGCUCGUGUACGGAAUGGUGCGAUCACUAUGUGUCUGCCCAUGAUCGACCUCGAGCUCAAUCCAAGACCACUGCCCGACAACAUCCUCGGAACAACCGACCUCACCCCGUACGCAUUCCGCGGCUUCCCCGACAUCACCUACGGUAUCGUGGACACGCGCGAAACCGGCGCGCGCGAGAUCGUGUCGGAGAGCAUGAAAACCGCAUGCCGCGUCGCAUCGCUGUUCUUCCGCGACCGCGGCAUCCCCGCGCUGCGCCGCUCCGUUGGCGCUAUGCGCUCCGAGCGCGUCGGCGGCAUAGAAAAGGCAAUGGAGGCGCGUGACGAGGACGGGUUCGUCCUCGACUACUACAUCACCAUCCACAACCUAGUCUCUGCACCCCCCGGGCGGUACCUGACGACCCCGGGGCCGCAUGCGCUGCUCGGUGUGCCCGAGGGCGAGGGGUACGUGAAGGUGACGUCGCCGCUGCGUCGGUUCGGCGACCUCUUCGCGCACUGGCAGAUCAAGCACGCGCUCCUCGCGGCCGCGGGCGACAAGGUGUCGCCGGUGUUGUACCAGGAGGACUGGCUCGCGCGUUUUGGUGACGAGCUGGAGACGCGGGAGCUCGAUGCGAAGCGGGCGGAGCGCAUUCAGCUCGAGUACUGGGCGCACCUGCAUAUCCAGCGGUGGAUGUCGGACCCGGCGGCGGCGGAGAGGCAGGGGCCCGACCCGUUGCAGAACCUAACGGCGCGCCUGCUGACGACGCCGAAUUUGAACACGCGGACGCGGGACAACAACUCCCAGGUGUACAUCCCGCAGCUCGGGAUGAAGAGUUUGCUGGUGGACUUGCCGCAGGAGAUGGCUCUCGGGCUUGGGGACGAGGUGAACGUGAAGAUCAAGAUGGUGAAGCUUGGGAUGCGGCCGAUGAUUGAGGUUGCGCUGCGAUAG